AUGAGUUGGCCAUCUGUUCCUGGAACCCCGGUUACUACCCCCUACGUAACCGGAAACGAUAACCCUUGGUUGUCACUUCUGAAUUGGGUGGCAGAUUUUUUGGGGCUCUCCUUUCUUGCACCCUUAUUUCAGGCCAAUUCUCUCGCAUUUAACAGCAUAAAACUGUUCCUCCUCGGAUCUUUGGUAGAAACAGGACGAAGGUUCUUUCGUUGGGUCUAUGAAAGGUUCGAUUUUUUCCAAUACUCUAUAACGGCGCAGUUCGAUGAAGGGGAUCCAGUGUACGACUGGAUAAUCCUCUUUUUGACUGAAAAGAAGAUAUGGAAGAGAUCUCGGCGAUUUCACGUUACCGCAAGAUCCAGUAGGCGGAGAUGGGGAAUUAGUAUGGGCCAGAAUGGUAAUGCAAAUCAUCAUCAGAGUAGCAGCUUUACCUCUGCAGAGUAUGUUCCUACAUACGAUAUGGCACAACUGUUUCGAUGGAAUAGUUACUGGACUGAAACGAGACGGACUCUCCACGAAUAUCGAGGAGGUCCUGUGUACUCCGCUCCAGGCGAUCAUGCUCCGGGAUCGAGAAAACUUUUUCUUACAAUUUACACACGUAGCAUGUCAGCCUUAUCGUCAUUCGUUGAUGACGCCAGGGAAUUAUAUCAGGAAGUGAGCCAGCCACAUGUAAUUGUUCAUACAAUAGAGCAGAACAGUCCCUACCUCCACGGUCAAAUAAUGGGAAAUCCGUGGUUAAGCAUAAAAAACAAGGCUCGCCGACCAAUUAGCAGCAUUAUUCUUCCAAACGGAAUUGUCCAGUCGUUAGUUGACGAUGCCAAAGAAUUUUUAAGUAUGGUGGACUGGUACUCAACAGCCGCCAUUCCUCAUCGAAGGGGAUACUUGCUCCAUGGCCCUCCAGGAACAGGAAAAACAUCUACUAUCUACGCACUUGCAGGAGAACUUGGGCUUGAGAUAUACUCUCUUUCACUCGCAUCUGGACAUGUCGACGAUUCCUUCCUUCAACGAGCUGUGUCGUCUAUUCCAAACACUGCUAUACUCUUGAUUGAAGAUAUCGACUGUGCCUUCACAUCCCGAGAAGACGAAGAAGAAGAGGAACUACCUGCCUUUCCAGGGAUGGGAGUUAGUAGAACAACAAAAUCAGGUGUUACUUUAUCUGGGUUGCUCAAUGUUCUUGACGGUGUUGGAAGCGAGGAAGGAAAACUGUUCUUUGCCACAACAAACUACAUAGAGAGACUGGAUCCCGCACUUCUACGCCCUGGGCGUAUUGAUCGCAAAAUCCAAUACAAGCUGUCGACGAAGGAACAAGCGGAAGCUCUUUUCCUGCGUUUCUACCCUCCUUCCUAUACUCUCACCGCAUCUGAGGCUUCAGAUUCAAGUAUAACGUCCACAGAUUCUGACAAGACCGAAAAAUCGCCAACUUCCGUGAUCAUCCAAGUUUCAGACCAAGAAACAAGACUCAAAACUCUCGCAUCCGAAUUCUCCCUUCACUUUCCCGAACACGAAUUCUCGCUUGCUGAGCUUCAAGGGUAUCUUUUAUCUUGCAAGAAGGAGCCUGAGAUAGCUGUGGCUGAGCUCAAGACAUGGGUCGAAGAAGAAAGAAAAGAGAAAGAGGAGAGAACAGCUCGAGCAGAGGAAAGAAAGAUUAAGAUGAAAGACAAGAAGGAUAUCAAGGAAGCAGCGAAGCUACAAGGAUCAUUGCAAAGGCUGGGUAUAUUGGGCAAUUCGAGCGAGACUCCCUUUGUCCAUGUUAAUGGAAUAUCGGCCGAGUAG